CUCAACCUUUUACAAAUAAUUUGCUAGCAUAUAAUCUGAUUUUAUCUAACCAUGUCACAACAAACCACUGCCAACAGACCUUAUCACUCUCAACAGUCUUCCCAGCCUAAAGCUGGUGAAGCUUUAGUUCAGACUAGAGGAUAUACUCAUCUAUUACAGAUUGGUUCAGCUACUGAUUUACCUACUUCAAGCGAUUCUGGAUUAUGGCGUAGAGUUGCUCAAUUCCAAGAGACCGCUGGAAUUGUCUCGCAUUACCUGUUCUCCAAGGGUGGUCAAUACGGUCAUUUGGAUAACUAUGAAGAAUCAGCUACCACUGAUAAUAAAAAAUCAACUUCAUUGGCUUACCUCGCUGUUCAACAAACCUUGGCGGGUUUGGUACCAGAGAACCUUGCUAUGGUCGCGAACUUAUUGACUAGCGUUGGAAAACCAUUGGAUGACCGAAAACUUCAACUUGAAGAAGUCGUCGCUUUUCUCUCUCGUGCUGGAAAGAGAAGACAUAACGCUCCUAAUAAAUAUGUUGAUGCGGCUCAGAAUCAAUUUAUCACUUUGCUUUGGAAUGAUCUCUCUCAUCCUCCAACAGUGGAUUUGAAUCCCAAGCAUCGCUUCAGGAAAGCUGAUGGAAGUGACAACAACCUGACUGGUGAUCCGCUCCUUGGAGCUGCCAAUCAACCGUAUUCCAGAUCUGUUCGACCGGUUCAUCCUGUUCCGACUCACAUAGCUGAGCCCGAAGACAUGUUCGAUGCUAUUCUACGUCGUCCUACGGGGUACGAAGGUUUUACCCCUCACCCAGCUCGCAUUUCCAGUUUAUUCUUUGGUUUUGCGAAUAUCGUCAUUCACGACAUAUUCUGGACCAACAAUCGCGAAGAAGUCAAAGUCCCGAACAAAUAUCACGAAUCGGAUCAGAACACAGAACAAGCCGACGACAAACCCAAGAAGCCCAGCCCGUGGCAGAAUUUGACGUCAUCUUAUGCUUCUUUGGAUCCUUUAUAUGGCGUCAGCGAUAAGGAACAAGCAAGUAUACGCGACAAAGAACAGCUUGGUCGUGGCUUGUUGUAUAACGAUACCUUUGCCUCGGAUCGAUUGCUCAUGAUGCCGCCAGCUUCAUGUGCUUUGCUUGUUCUCUUCUCCAGGAAUCACAACCGCAUCGCCAAGAAGUUACUAGAACUCAAUGAACGCGGUAGUUGGAAAUCAGACCUGAGCAAACUGAGCGAAGAAGAAUUGAAACAACAAGACGAUGAGAUCUUUGGUACGGCACGACACGUUAAUUGCGGUUAUUACGCUGGCAUCAUCCUUGGAGAUUAUCUACAGCAAUGGCUUGAGUCAACUUUUGAAAAAGCUCUACCAAGUCGGAAAUGGGACGAGAUGAAUAUGUCGACUUUGAUGGAUGCGAUUAAAAUCUUGAAAACCAAGUUGAAUGCUGCCGAUGAAAAUGCUCAUAAUCCCAAAGUUUGGAAGUUAUCGAAACGAGAAGUCAGAAUACCUGUGGAGGGUCCACCCGUGGUGGAGUCCGAAGGUGUUUAUGAGAGGGACUCGCAAAGUAGUAAAUUCCGCGAUGAGGAUUUGGCGAGGAUCUUGAAGGAUUCUACAUAUGAAGUUGCAGGUGCCUUCGGAGCCAGACAUGUACCAGCAGUAAUGCGCUGGAUUGAAUGCCAAGGGAUGCGGACGGCGAGAGAUGUUUGGAAAUUAUGUACGCUAAACGAAUUCAGGGCGUUUAUUGGCUUGAAGGAAUUCCAGACAUUCCAAGAGUGGAAUUCGGACCCAGAAAUUGCUUCUGCAAUGGAGGAUCUUGUCGGACACCCAGCCAACAUUCCGCUUCAUGUUGGUCUGCACGGAGAGGAAGCCAAAAAACCAAGAUUGGGAUCGGGUGUUUGUCUUCCUUAUACCAUCAGUCGAGCUAUACUAAGUGACGCAAUUGCAUUGGUUCGAGGAGAUCGCUUCUAUACGGAUAAUGCAACUGCAGAUGUUAUGACCAAUUGGGGACUCGCUGACUGCCAGCCUGAUCCUCAAAACGGCGCACCUGGAGGAAUGCUCGAAAAACUGAUACGCGAGAAUCUCCACCAAAAGGCACUCAACUAUGCGAUCGAUCCUCCCGUACAACCUAUCAUUGGUUAUAAACAGAUCCAGAGCGGUGAAAGAACGCUGGUUUAUGAGCUUUCAGGUAUGCAUGGCAUCCAAGUCAUCUCGAGGUUGAUUGCUGAUACUAUCCUAUCAUCUAAAGAUACUCCCAGGGUAGAAGCUCAGAGGAUGGGCAUGAUCGUCGGUUUGGACCACAUGAAUUCCAACAUCAAGCUCGUCUAUAAGGCAGUGGAGAAAGUGAUGUAUCAUCAAGAUGUAAAACAAUACCAUGAUUUCAUUCACAGCCGCAUUCAAGAAUGCUCCACGAGGCGAAGCCCAGUUUCAUCUGAUGAGACAGUUGAUGUUCUUCGGGAUGUCACAAACCCUUUGGUUUCGGGAUGUUAUUGCUAUCUAACCGAGUCACCUCAGCGAUCUUUCAAAGCUCGUGCAGCUGCGCGAAUAGCUGCCUCUGGGUUGACCUGGCAGAUCAAAUCUCACAUUCAAGGAUGCGCCCCUUCUCACUCAGUUGGAGAUACGUUCAAGAAGGGCGCAUCUAUGGCAAUGAUGGGGGCUUUGGGAGCGCUUGAAGAGACUGUCAAAUUCGUGUCUGGUCAAGAUCCUGGAUUUAAAGGCGGACAUGGCGAUACCUUGGCAUUUUAUAAGACCUUGACGGCUGAGAACAAUGCUCAGGUUGACCCAUUGUCGCCCGAUGAACUAGCAGCUGACUGUUUGAGAGCAAUUUCCACCUUGGCCUUUACCAUCGUAAAUGGUACGGCAAAUGCGCUGGACUAUCUUUUGCCCGAAGUUACCAAGCCGGAUGAAGUUCCCAGAAUUCGAGAAACUUUGGAAACGAUCAUCAAGGGAAACAACGAACCUGGACUACAUGAGGCAUUUUCUAGGCAUGCAUUGGAAGCCACACGUCUUGGUCACUGGAAUGAAUCUUUGCGUGGUAUGGUAUUCAAAUCCGAAUAUCAAAAUAGGAAUUCUCGCUCUCUACCUAUUGGAAUCAUUGACAGCGAUUUUCGACUUGAUCGAGAUACCUCUUCCUACUUGCGCUUGUUAGAUGUUGAGGGAUAUUGUCUCUCGGUCUUUGAAAACAUUGUGCCUAUCGUAAUCAGCCAGGUUUUAUCACUUCCUCAAGUCAGACGGGCGCCCGGUGGUCAAGGGAAGUUGGAAAAACUCAAGAUUGCGGGUUCGAAUUCAGGUAUCCCUACGAUGCAUAUUAGAUAUGAUGGUACCAAAUCAUGAUAGACCUCUAAAGGAUUGACGAAGAAUCCCGUCAUGUUCUUUGGAAAAAAAGAUCAAUCAUCUGUUUGUCGUCACUUUCCGCUGUGUCUCAAUUCCACUAACGAUAAAAAAAAUCAAGUGAAUCUUAAUAGGUUGUUUGAUUAUUGAUAUGAUGUAUUCCUCAAAUGUAUUCCUUGAUAUUUUUAUUCCGAAUUUCUCAACUUCUCUCUCUGUCGCGUAGCUCUCAUAAAUUACAAUACAUAUUGUCUUCAAUUAUGUUCUCUGAUAUGUUCAAGUGUUUGGGUAUCCAAAGAAAAGAUGCAAGAUAGUCCAUUGAAGAUGGAAUUCACUGCGUUC